CCUAACUUGUUUGUGGGGCAAGCAAUGUAAACUGGCAGUAGGAUCCAUCAAUAACAUUGUUGCUCUUGGCAUGACGUAUGAGAAAGCGGUACCAAAUGAAGAAGUUCAUAUGGUACCGCUAGAGGAGAGCAAUGUGCGCGUGUCAAUUGAUGUUGUUAAAGUAGGAAAGGCCUUUCUUCCUAUACCUAUCCCUGAAGGGCUGCAUUCCGUAGGGACGGCUACUGUAGGAGAGGCGGUUGGGUUUCAUGUAGCAUGGCCCAAAAGCCUUAUAUUGUUUGCCCCUGAGGUUGGUUCGAAAAAACCUGGCAUGUUUGGAGAUGAGGCGACGCCAAAAAACCAAGAUUGUAGAAAUAAUUUGGAGUUACCAAACAUCAAUAAGAGCCAGCAAUGUAGACUAGCAGUGGGAUCAGUCAAUAACAUUGUUGCUCUUGGUACGAUGUUUUGGAAGAGUGGACCGAAUGAACUUCUUCAUACAGUACCACUAGGUGAGGACCAUAUGCGCGUGUCAAUUGAUGUUGUGAAGGUAAAGGAUGCCCUUCUUCCUAUACCUAUCUCCGAAGAGGUGGCUACUGUAGGAGAUGCGGUUGGUUGGUUUGUAGCUUGGCCCAAAGACCUUAUAUUUUUUGCCCCUGAAGUUGCUUCAAAAAAACCUAGCAUGGUUGGGAAUGAGGCUGUUUAUAAAAAACCUCGCAUGACUGGAAAUAAGAAUGCUUUGAAACAUCAUGGAGUGGUUGGUCGUAAAGUGGUCGGCGAUGAGGUGACUUCAAAAAAUGUGGAGUGGGAAAGUAAUUUGGAAUACAUUGAGAUAUUUACCACAUUGACCAAGCACACCGAUAAGAUGGAAGCUUUUCAAAUUCCUAUAGAUGAUGACAUAUUUGGUGCGGAGGUUGAUGCAAAAAGUUGACAUGGAGUACAUAUGUCAUAUGAAAGAAGUAUCUGCUACAUGCAUAAUGUUAUACAUAAGACAACUCUAUUCGGGUAUCAAGGUUUCCAAUAUGGAUACAAGAUUUGCAUUUGUUAACCCUUGCUCACUUAGUAAAAAUUAUAAGACUAGUGAAGUUUCAAAGCCCGGAAUGCUUGCAAGUCGACUUGAAGAUGUCAAGAAUGACCAAUUGCUUUUGGUUCCUUGUAAUAUUGGGGUCCAUUGGGUAUUGUGUGUCAUUGAUUUGUCGUCUUCAACAGUGUACUACAUGGAUUCAAUUAAUAAGGAAGUCCACUCACCCUUUAAACUCUUGAUUAAGACUGCAUUCAAAAUCUAUGACAGCAGUAAGGGAGUACGGAGUAGUCGAAUUAUUAAUUGGAAAACAGUCGAGUGCCCGAAACAACCUACAAACGUGGAAUGUGGGUUCUAUGUAAUGAAAUACAUGAAAGAUUUGAUUAGAGAUGAGAGGAUCUUAAGCAGAGGAAAUGUAAG